AACUGAGAAAGCAUCAUGUUUACCACACUCGUCGCUGCUGCCCUCGUGGCCCUUGUCUCUGCUGACGGCAUUCCAGACUUCGUUGUUCCUGGAAGAUGCGCUAAAGUGGCCAACCAGACAAGUUUCGAUCUUCGCAGGUACUCCGGCCGCUGGUAUCAGACCCAGAUCAUCGACAACGCCUAUCAGCCAUACACUCGCUGCAUCCACUCCAACUACGACUACUCUGACUCUGACUACGGCUUUAAGGUGACCACAGCUGGAUUCAGCCCCAACAACGAGUACCUCAGACUGCAGGGCAAGAUCUACCCAACAAAGGACUUCCCAGCUGCCCACAUGCUCAUCGAUUUCCCUACCGUUUUCGCCGCUCCCUAUGAAGUGAUCGAGACUGACUACGAGACGUACUCGUGCGUGUAUUCCUGCAUCGACUGGAACGGCUACAAGUCCGAGUUCGGCUUCGUCUUCUCCCGCACCCCACAGACUUCCGGUCCAGCGAACGACAAGUGCGCCUCCGUCUUCCGCAAGAACGGAGUCGACUUCGCCUUAUUCAAUGACGUUGCUCAUACGGCCGAAUGUGUCUACAGAGCUUAGUAUAAUUAAUUGCAAAAAAUACAAACAAUAUUUUUAUAUAAAGUUGGUGUGAUUAUACAAAUUAUGUGAGUAUGUGUGUGCGUUUCCAAUAAAAUCUUAUUCAAAUAUAACUAUA